AUGAGCAAGAACACCAGCGAUCCUCUCAACCCGUGUACCCAGGACCCAGCGGAAGUUGAUAAGGCUACGCUGAUAAGACAGCUCAUCGCCCGUCAUGGGCAAGGGUACCUCGAGUCUCUGAUAGAGCAGGCAAAGGUCGGGAAGCUGGACAGGUCGAGCUCCAGAGAAGGCCAUAGGAUGGACGAUGAACAGGAGAUGGAAAUAGACGCUGAUCCCUCGCCGCCUCCCCCCAAUCAGCAGGCAUGCCGCGGGCGAUCCUCAGCCUCCAUGGAUCAACACGUCGCCCAGUCCGCCAAGACCGCAACGACUUCAAGAGCGCAGGACGGCCAGCAGCCCUGCUCCAUAUCUACCACGGCAGCUGCUGACAGGAAUCCGUCUGAGAGCGACGGGCCUCGUCCGCCCGCGGCACCUUCCGCCCAAGGCCCCACACCGGCGGAUCCCAGAGACCGACAGCGUUCCACCACCGUAGUGCCAGUUCCCGCCUCUCCAAUCGCACCGAUCAAUGUGCAGGAUCAUUCUGCCGAUACCGCAUCGCCGAUGGCCGUGGCAACAUCUCACCAGCUCGCAGUGUUCGCGUCGAUGCUCACAUGCAGUGUCAACGAUAUUUCAGCUCGGCUCAGCGCCAUCGAGACGAUCCCUGCGCAGCUAUCUGCUCAAAAGCAGUUCGCAGAUGCGGUACUCAAGGCCCACGGGGACCAGGCUGCGGAUCACGCGAAUGUCACCGACGCCGUCGACCGCAUCACCCGGGAUAUCGCAAAGCUAUCAGAAGUGCAGAAAGUGCUGUUCUACAUGUGCCACGAUCAAGCCGAGAAGUUGCAGACGCUCGCCGCAGAGGUCGCCAAGUUAAACGACAACUUGGCGCAGAUUCGACAGAGCGCUAACCGGCUCCGUUGA